AUGGCGAAUCCAACGUCGCCGAAGGUCGAGACCAAUGGCACCACGACGCGCCCUCAGACGCCCAGGGUCAACAGUUUCGCACUGACCGAAUAUACCGCCAACCCGACGCCGCCGCCCCAGAGCCCCGUGGUGAAGACUCAGGGUGUGCCGGAGCACUUCCUGCUUCCCAAUGGCUAUCCAGACUACCUGCGACUGAUCCUGACCUCGCGCGUCUACGAGGUUGUGAAGGAGACGCCUCUGACCCAUGCCGUUAAUAUUAGCAACCGCCUGGAAUGCAACGUCAUGCUGAAGCGUGAGGACCUGCAGCCCGUCUUCAGUUUCAAGCUGCGCGGUGCCUACAACAAGAUGGCGCAUUUGGACCAGGAGCAAAGUUUCAAGGGCGUCAUUGCUUGCUCUGCAGGAAACCAUGCCCAGGGCGUUGCGUACUCUGCACGGAAACUCAAGAUCCCCGCCACCAUUGUCAUGCCAUCCGGCACCCCCGACAUCAAGCACAAGAACGUUUCGAGACUAGGCGGGCACGUCGUCCUCCAUGGAGACGACUUUGACGCGGCAAAGGAGGAGGCACACAGGCUGGAGAAGGUGCACGGUCUGGUCAACAUUGCGCCGUUCGAUGACCCGUACGUCAUCGCCGGCCAGGGUACCAUCGGCAUGGAGGUCCUGCGCCAGACGAACCUGCAGGAGCUGGAGGCAGUCUUUUGCUGCGUGGGUGGCGGUGGUCUGAUCGCCGGUGUGGGUGUCUACAUCAAGCGCAUAGCACCUCACGUCAAGGUCAUUGGCGUUGAGACGUACGAUGCGAACGCCAUGGUCCAGUCGCUCCAGGCCGGCCGCCGCGUCGCCCUUUCGGAAGUCGGUCUCUUUGCCGACGGAGCUGCUGUGAAGAACGUUGGCGAGGAGACUUUCCGUGUGGCCUCUGAGGUCGUGGAUGAGGUCAUCCAAGUCACGACGGAUGAGACGUGCGCCGCCAUCAAGGACAUCUUCGAGGACACGCGCUCCAUCGUCGAGCCCGCAGGCGCGCUCGCACUGGCAGGUCUGAAGAAGUACGUCGCCGCCAACCCUUCGCCCAACACCAACCGCGGCCUCAUCGCUGUUGCCUCGGGCGCCAACAUGAACUUCGACCGCCUUCGCUUCGUCGCCGAACGUGCUGCGCUCGGUGAGAAGAAGGAAGCGCUGCUAUCUGUCACUAUCCCGGAGGCACCCGGUGCCUUCGCAAACCUGAUCAAGGCUGUGUACCCCAUGUCCUGCACCGAGUUUGCCUACCGCUACAACGACGCAUCGAAAGCCAACAUCCUCAUCGGUAUCGCACUGAAUGCUGCCAGCCGGAGCCGUGAUCUGGCCGACCUCAUCACCCGGCUGGAAAAGGACGGCAUGCACGCCGUCGACCUGUCGGGUGACGAAGUUGCCAAAUCCCACGUCAGGUAUCUCAUCGGCGGUUGCCCAUCCGCCGUGUCCAACGAGAGGCUGUUCGCGUUCGAGUUCCCCGAGAGGCCUGGCGCUCUGUACAAAUUCUUGACUACGAUGCAGCCCGACAUGAACAUCUCGCUGUUCCACUACCGUAACCACGGCGGUGACGUGGCAAAGAUCCUGGCAGGCAUCCAGUGCCCCGAGGGCAAGGAGGACGAGCUGAAGGAGUUCCUGAAGAAGAUCAACUACCCCUUCAACGAGGAGACGGAGAACCCUGUCUACAAGAUGUUCCUCAGAGAGUAG